GGAAAGAUUUUCUCUAUGUAUAUAAAGAUGGCCACGUUAGCAAACGGACAACCAGACAAUACCAGCCUGAGUAGCAAUCACAGCAACCCCAGCACCAACGGGCAUAUGAACGGAUUAAACCAUAGUCCUGGAAAUCCAUCCACCAUCCCAAUGAAGGACCACGAUGCCAUUAAGCUCUUUAUUGGGCAGAUCCCCCGUAACCUGGAUGAGAAAGACCUCAAACCGCUCUUCGAGGAGUUCGGGAAAAUCUAUGAACUGACGGUGCUGAAGGACAGGUUCACUGGCAUGCACAAAGGCUGUGCCUUCCUAACAUACUGCGAAAGGGAGUCUGCUCUAAAGGCCCAGAGUGCACUGCAUGAACAGAAGACACUGCCAGGGAUGAACAGACCAAUCCAGGUGAAACCAGCGGACAGCGAAAGCCGAGGAGAAGACAGAAAACUCUUUGUGGGCAUGCUCAAUAAGCAGCAGUCAGAAGAUGAUGUGCGCAGGCUAUUCGAGGCAUUUGGCAACAUCGAGGAGUGCACAAUCCUUCGGGGACCUGAUGGCAACAGCAAAGGGUGUGCAUUUGUGAAAUACUCUUCACACGCGGAGGCCCAAGCAGCUAUCAAUGCCUUGCAUGGCAGUCAGACAAUGCCGGGAGCCUCUUCAAGCCUGGUGGUGAAGUUUGCAGAUACAGACAAGGAGCGUACAAUGAGACGCAUGCAGCAAAUGGCAGGACAAAUGGGCAUGUUCAAUCCCAUGGCCAUCCAGUUUGGAGCCUAUGGCGCCUAUGCACAGGCACUGAUGCAGCAGCAGGCCGCGAUCAUGGCAUCGGUGGCACAGGGCGGCUACCUGAACCCCAUGGCAGCCUUUGCCGCAGCCCAGAUGCAGCAGAUGGCGGCUCUGAACAUGAACGGCCUGGCGGCUGCCCCCAUGACACCAACCUCAGGUGGAAGCACGCCUCCUGGUAUAACUGCACCAACUGUGCCUAGCAUCCCAUCUCCAAUUGGGGUGAAUGGUUUCACUGGCCUCCUGCCGCAGGCUAAUGGGCAGCCCACCGCAGAAGCCGUGUUUGCUAAUGGCAUCCACCCUUACCCAGCACAGAGCCCCACUGCAGCAGACCCCUUGCAGCAAGCCUACGCUGGAGUGCAGCAGUACGCAGGUCCUGCUUAUCCUGCUGCUUAUGGCCAGAUUAGCCAAGCGUUCCCACAGCCAUCUCCCAUGAUCCCACAGCAACAGAGAGAAGGACCAGAGGGCUGUAACCUGUUUAUCUACCAUCUGCCCCAGGAGUUUGGGGACGCUGAGCUGAUGCAGAUGUUCCUGCCUUUCGGUUUUGUGAGUUUUGACAAUCCUGCCAGUGCCCAAGCUGCCAUCCAGGCUAUGAACGGCUUCCAGAUUGGCAUGAAGAGGCUGAAGGUGCAGCUGAAGAGGCCAAAGGAUGCUAAUCGUCCCUACUGAAGGGUUGUGGGAACCACUGGAUACAAAGCACUAGCACAGGAAUCCUGAGUGAACUGCAUGUGGACUGCUGGAGAAUCGCAAACCAACAGUUUGAAUUAAUAAUGCUAUGCUUUACCCUGACCUUGAUGCAAUUACAGACCUUAAAGGAAACUUAGCUACUGUGGUUGUGCAUGGAGCUGAGGUGUUUCACCGUGACAUCUAACCAUGCAUUGUCACAGUAUAG